AUGGUUCAGCCGUAUACGUUGUGCCUGGUCCGUGUUCAAACCAACGUUGAACGGCAUUUACUUGCGAAACACGGCCUGCCUUGUUAUACCCACGCCAAGCACCUACCCAGCAACACCUACCAAGCACCCACCCAGCACCUACUAAACGCCUACCAGCAGCACCUACCAAGCAGCACCUACCCAGCACCUACCCAGCACCUACUAAACGCCUACCAGCAGCACCUACCAAGCAGCACCUACCCAGCACCUACCCAGCACCUACUAAACGCCUACCAGCAGCACCUACCAAGCAGCACCUACCCAGCACCUACUAAACGCCUACCAGCAGCACCUACCAAGCAGCACCUACCCAGCACCUACCCAGCACCUACUAAACGCCUACCAGCAGCACCUACCAAGCAGCACCUACCCAGCAUCUACCCAGCAUCUACUAAACACCUACCAAGCAGCACCUACCCAGCAGCUAUGUACCCAGCAGCAUAA